AUGAAUCCUGAUGAGAUUUCUCAAAUUGUCGCAAUGAAUGAUGUCGAGGCAUUAUCAAAAUUAGAGCUUGAUUCAUGGACCGAGACCAAAUAUCAAAUAAAUACAAUAGAAAAAACAAUGCAAAUUCCAUCUGCAGGACUGACGCUAAUACAUAUAGCGGCUUUUUAUGAUUGCUUAGAAUCAUUUAUAUUUUUAGAGAAAAAAGGCUUAUCUUUCACUACAGUUUCUACAAAUUCUUUCAAUACUUUAUAUUAUAUAUGCUAUGGAGGCUCAAUAGAAGUAUUUGAAUACGUAUUUAUUAAAAUCGGAAGAGAUCCAAGUCUACAAAGUCUCCUAAAAGACAUUUUUGAAGAAGAUAUUUUUUAUAUUAUUAAACACACAUCAUUAUUAGACCUCGCAAUACUCGCACCAUGCAACCAAUACGAAAUUGCAACAGCUCUAUUCAAGUUUGGAUACGGUUUCAAGAAAAACGGAGUAGAUUUUCGUGCAGAAUUUGCUCUUAAUCCAAUCAACAGUACCAUUAAGCUGUCAAAUGCUAAAUGCUUAGAAUACCUCAUUCAAUUCAAGAAGAUAAACCAAUUUGGUCUUUCUCCACUUCAAAUUGCGAUUGCAACGAAUACUCAAGAAGCAAUUCCUAUUCUAAUCAAACAGAAUGGAGACUUACUAUAUAGAAAUGAGCAUGGAGAGACCGCUCUUUCAAUUGCAUGCAGGCUGAAAAAUAUUUACGCUGUAGAACAACUUUGUUCAUCAAUGAAACGAUUGGAAGAAGAGACACAUGGUAUAGAUGGCGCUGCACAUUGGCUUUGCAGUUCGAACAGCCUUGAAAUCGCAAAACAUAUUUUGCAACAUCCUAUAGAUAUAAAUAGAAAAAAUAUGUUGGGACAAUUAUGUACAGGAUGUUUCAAACCAAAGAAGGAGAAUGCUAAAGAGAUAGUGCAGAUAUUGGAACUUCUUUACAGAUAUGGUUUGGAACUGAAUGACCCAACAUAUCCUGCAAUUCAGCCAUUCAUUACAGGAAUGACAAUUCUUCCGGAAAUUGUUGACUGGUUCUUGGAAAAGGAUAUAGAUAUCGAUAUACAAAUAACUAGACACACAGGGUUCUUCUCUAUUAGAGAUAUAAUCAUGUCGAAAAAGGGAAUACUAAAGAAUGUGAUAGAUAAAUAUCAUAUCCAGCCUUCUUCAUGA